AUGAAGGGCCUUCCCGAGUAUCCAGUCAAUGACGUAGUUAAACAGAACUGGCGACAGGACACAGCCAUUUCGUACACCAGACUAGAUAUUGAACGGUUGAGAGAAAUUGUCUUGCACCAGAACUCGGGCGGUGGUGAACCUUUGGUAGGCCUUAAUUAUGGCAAUACAUUUGGUCGGUACUCCAUGCAGUUCCAUAAUUCGCCACAGGGACUCACGAUGGAUGGAAUCGAACCCCACUGCGAAUUUGACAAAGCAGACGGCCGUCGGUUGCUGGGAGCUAUGAUUGAAUUCCAGAAAGCUCCUCAGCGUAAGAUAUCAGGUCCGCAUUUCCACGUCCAGCGCGGUAUCCAGCUUGGUUGCUCGCGUCCUGGAGUCAUUUACAGACUGGAACCACGUGAAAAGAACACUAGCUAA